AUGCCCAUGACGCUGGGUUACUGGGACAUCCGCGGGCUGACUCAUGCCAUCCGCCUCUUCUUGGAAUACACAGACUCAAGCUAUGAAGAGAAGUUGUACAGCAUGGGGGACGCUCCCGACUAUGACAGAAGCCAGUGGCUGAGUGAGAAAUUCACACUGGGCCUGGACUUCCCCAAUCUGCCCUACUUAAUCGAUGGGGCUCGCAAGAUCACACAGAGCAACGCCAUCUUGCGCUACAUUGCCCGCAAGCAUGACCUGUGUGGGCAGACAGAAGAGGAGAAGAUCCGUGUGGACAUUUUGGAGAACCAAGUCAUGGACACCCGUCUACAGCUUGUCAUGCUCUGCUACAACCCUGACUUUGAGAAACUGAAGCCAGAGUUCUUGGAGGGCCUCCCUGAGAAGAUGAAGCUGUACUCACAGUUCCUGGGGAAGAGGCCAUGGUUUGCAGGGGACAAGAUCACCUUUGUGGAUUUCAUUGCUUAUGACGUCCUUGACCAGCACCGUAUAUUUGAGCCCAAGUGCCUGGAUGCGUUCCCAAACCUGAAGGACUUUCUGUCCCGCUUUGAGGGCCUGAAGAAGAUCUCUGCCUACAUGAAGUCCAGCCGCUUCCUUCGAAGCCCAAUAUAUUUAAAGACAGCCAUGUGGGGCAACAAGUAG